AUUCAGAAUUUCAGACUGCCCAUUCCUUCCCUCCCUCCGCUCUGACAAAUCUUUUGGGUCGGAGGAAACUGGGCAAAAAUCAUUCUCUUGGAAAAUUAUUUGUGCAAUAAUUUUUUUUAUUUUUUAUUUUUAAAAAGAAUUUGUGAUGGGUGUGGGUGGUGAUUUUGAUUCACAGAAGAGGGGUUCAAGGGGAUUCAAAGGAUUGAUGAGGAGAAAGCUGGUUGAUUCUGCCAGAAAGGAGGUGGAUGGUGGUCAUAAAUUGGCCAAGGAAUUAUCUGUGACUCAUCUUAUUGCUAUUGGAGUUGGGUCAACAAUUGGGGCUGGUGUUUAUAUCCUAGUUGGAACUGUGGCAAGGGAGCAUUCAGGGCCUGCACUCACAAUUUCAUUUCUAAUAGCUGGAAUAGCAGCUGCACUUUCAGCCUUUUGCUAUGCAGAGCUUUCUAGUCGUUGCCCAUCUGCCGGGAGUGCCUACCAUUAUUCCUACAUAUGUGUUGGUGAAAGUGUUGCUUGGUUGAUUGGUUGGGCAUUGAUUCUGGAAUAUACAGUUGGUGGUUCAGCAGUUGCACGCGGCAUAUCCCCAAAUCUGGCCUUGCUGUUUGGAGGUGGGGAUCUACCUGCUUUUAUAGCCCGUCAGUAUAUUCCUGCACUUGAUAUUGUGGUUGACCCAUGUGCAGCAAUUUUAGUUUUUAUUGUCACUGGGCUCUUGUGUGUGGGAAUCAAGGAGAGUACAGUUGCACAAGCCAUUGUCACAACGGGAAAUGUAUGUGCCAUGAUGUUUGUCGUAAUAGCUGGUGGAUAUCUUGGUUUCAAGACUGGAUGGGCUGGAUAUGAACUUCCUACUGGGUAUUUUCCUUUUGGAGUAGAUGGUAUGCUGGCUGGGUCUGCAACAGUCUUCUUUGCAUACAUUGGUUUUGAUUCUGUUGCCAGCACAGCUGAGGAGGUGAAGAAUCCCCAGCGAGAUUUGCCACUGGGUAUUGGUGCUGCACUGUCGAUAUCCUGCAUACUAUAUAUGUUGGUCUCUGUUGUCAUUGUUGGUCUGGUGCCCUAUUAUUCAAUGGAUCCUGACACCCCCAUCUCCACUGCAUUUGCUAGCCAUGGGAUGAAAUGGGCAGCGUACAUAAUAACUAUUGGAGCUGUUACUGCUCUCUGCUCAACAUUGAUGGGUUCGCUCCUCCCUCAGCCGCGAAUCCUGAUGGCAAUGGCUAGAGAUGGAUUGCUGCCAUCAUUUUUUUCAGAUCUCAACAGGCGCACACAAGUUCCUGUCAAGGCCACAAUAGUAACUGGUAUUGGGGCUGCAACUCUGGCAUUCUUUAUGGAUGUUUCACAAUUGGCAGGAAUGGUCAGUGUGGGCACACUUCUUGCCUUCACCAUGGUAGCAUGUUCUGUGUUAAUACUCCGAUAUGUUCCACCCGAUGAAGUGCCACUCACACCAUCACAUCAGGAAUCAAUUGAUACAGUUUCAUUACAACAUAGCAGUAGCAACCAGAAGAUUGAUGAGGAAAAUUCCAAAGUUUGUGCUGGCCCCUCUAAUGAGAUUACUCGACCUUUAAUUGCUAAAGAGGGAGCAUCAGCUGAUCCUGUUGUUGUAAAAAAUGUAGUUCUAGACAGAUACAUAAUAGAUGAAAACAUGAGGCGAAAAAUUGCCGGCUGGACCAUAAUGCUGACAUGUGUAGGAGUGGUUCUCCUUACAUCUGCUGCUUCAUAUGUGAACCUUCCCAGCUUUCCUCGUUACAUGUUUUGUGGAAUCGGUGGUGCUUUACUUUUAUCUGGUCUGAUAGUGCUCACCUGUAUAGAUCAAGAUGAUGCAAGGCACAACUUUGGGCAUUCAGGAGGUUUCAUUUGCCCAUUCGUCCCACUCCUACCUAUUGCCUGCAUUCUCAUCAACGUCUACUUGUUGGUGAAUCUUGGAUCUGCUACCUGGACCCGGGUUUCUAUAUGGUUGGGGAUAGGAGUGCUCGUUUAUGGAUUCUAUGGGCGAAGACACAGCUCACUGCAGAAUGCAGUUUAUGUACCAGCAGCUGAUGUGGAUGAAAUCUAUGGAAGCUCUUCAAACUGCCUAGCUUAGGAUGUGUGUGAAGAAUAUGAAUGGGGGUUGGAAUAUGAAUGACUCUUAUACUGGCUGAUGCUUUGAGUGAGUUUGUUUGUAUAAUUAAUAUUCCCUUGGUGGGUGGCAUUCUCAGUUUGUUCAAACCAAUGUAAAUUGUCUACUAAUGUAGUACAGAAUUGGGAAAAAAAUUGUACACUAAUCCCUGUCCAUACUGUAUAUUUAUAGUGAUGAAAUGCAUGUUUUUUUUUCAAACA